AUGAAACUCCUGGUGUUUCUCGCUGCAGCUGUGGCUAUUAUUAAUGUCACCUCGGGAAAGAAGCUACGGCUGAUCACUGGCCUGAAUGGUAACGUGGUUGGUGUAGCUGGUGGGAACCCGGGCUUGGUAGUUGGGGGUGUAAAUCCCUUCCUGACCGGGGGCCAGGCUUUCAUUGGGCAGCCUCAGCUGCAGGUGUUUCCUGGUGUAGGUGUACCUCAGUUUGCCAUGCAGCCUGGUAUGGUUCCCGCCUCCCCAUUCGGGUUCCCUAAUGCCGCUCCCCAGUUCCCUCAGCAACAGUUCCCUCAGCAACAGUUCCCUCAGCAACAGCCACCGCAGCAGCAGCAGCAGCAGCCACAGCAGCCACAGCAGCCAUUUCCCUUCUCACCUGCCAAUGGGGGCCUGCCCUAUUAUGGUUUCCCCCAAGCCCAGCCUGGACUGUUUCCUCCCCAACAGCAAGUUGCGGGUGUCAACCCUGAGACACAGCAGCAGAGCCCGCCUCAGACACCUGUGAGGAGAUUCAGGAGGAUGAUCAGAAGACUUCAAAGAAUCAAUAUUGCCCCGGCUCAUGAGAACUGUGCCAGCGCUGCUCCCCACACUACUGCAAGUCCCACAUCUGAGGCCCCUUCUGUUUAAAACAGACCCAGCAUGAAGCAAAGAACGAUCAACAAUAUGUUACACAUGUAACACAUAUGUUUCUCUGUAGAUGCUGAUUAAUAGCCAUCAUGUACAUGUACAAGUGUGUGGUCAUGAGACCAGUGUCCAUGAUGAGCAGUCUUUGUUUAUAGGUGUGCUCAACAUGAUGUAAAACAUGUUCUUGUAACUGUAGUCUUUUUUAUAGAGCUGAA